CUUUCUUUUUUAAUACAUUAUAACAUGUCCAAGAAGACACAAGCAGCUGAAGUUAUUGUGAAGCUUUUAGUUGGAGCUGGUAAAGCUUCACCUAGUCCCCCCGUUGGACCUGCUUUAGGUGCUCGUGGUGUAAAGUCGAUGGAUUUUUGUAAACAGUUUAAUGACAAGACAAAGCAUAUUAUGGUCGAUACACCUUUACCCACCGUCAUUACCAUCAAACCCGAUCGUACCUUCACAUUUGUCGUCAAGUCACCACCUACCACUUACUUUCUCAAGAAGGCUGCUGGUAUUCAAAAGGGCGCUCAAACUCCCGGUACAGAAGUCGUCGGCAACAUUAGUUUAAAACACGUGUAUGAAAUUGCAAAGAUUAAGCAAGGCGAUGAAAACUUGAAGCAUCUCUCAUUGGAAAGUAUCUCUAGUAGUAUCAUUGGUGUUGCAAAGAGUGUUGGCAUUCAAGUCAUUCAUUAAGGAACAUGGAAAGACUCUUUUCCUUCUCUCCAAGCAAUCCAUAUACGUACGCUCCUCCAACCUACACAACUACAUCAACACAAAUCACCCCCACUCGCCCUGUAUCAUAAUAGAAAGAUUUAAAAACAAAUUAUAUAAAAAAAAAAAAAAAAAAAUAAUACACACAAUGUAUAUAUAUAUAUUUAUAUUGGGACAGCGCAUUUAUGGGUGGG